AGUUGUUGAUACGAUGUCAAAUAAUUUACCACCAGGUUGGAGUGCACAUAUAGAUCCAUCCACUGGACAGGAAUAUUAUGUCAACUCACUCACUCAGCAAUCCCAAUGGGAACUUCCUACAGUUCAAAACACACAGAAGCAGAGAAGACACCUAACUCAUCAGCAAGCUCAGAAGUAUUAUAGUAGCCAGCCCGCAGAUGUCCCUCAGCAGCCUACGCAACUAUUUACACCUGGAAUUGGUCAACAGCAGCCAAUGCAAGCACAGCAACCAAUUCAGAACUUAACAAAUGAUUUCCAACAGUUUAGCCUUUCACACCCUCAGCAACAGCGUCAAUCUGCUAACUCUAUCAAUCUCAUCGGUCAGGUUCCAGAUCCGAACGCUCUAGAGAAUGAUCCACCGAUGAUCUCUUUACCACCAAACGCUACUUUCUCCCAAUCACCAACAGCUAACGCUCAUCACUCUUUCAAACGCUCAACUCUUAACGUUAUACCAACAACUCAAUCGCUUCUCAACAAGUUCAAAAUUCCUUUGUCCUUGGUUAUCACCCCAUACAGAUCAGUAAGCUCCACGGAAGAACAAAUCCCCGUCAUUUCAGAUUCCGUCAUUUCCAGAUGUAGAAGAUGCAGAACAUAUAUCAACCCAUAUGUCACCUUCUUGGAAGGCGGUACUAGAUGGAAGUGCUCCAUUUGUAACCUCUCAAAUGAAGUUCCGCAAAUGUUCGACUGGGAUCCAAUAACUAAUCAGCCCGCUGAUAGAUUCAAGAGAGCGGAGCUCAACCACAGUGUUGUUGAAUUCGUUGCACCAUCUGAAUACAUGGUUAGACCUCCUCAACCACCCGUAUACGCAUUCUUGAUCGAUGUCAGCUACACUUCAGUUCAAUCAGGUAUGGUAGCAACUGUCGCUAGAACAAUCUUGGAAACUCUUGAUAGGAUUCCAAAUGAAGAUGGCAGAACUAAAGUCUGCUUGAUUGCUGUCGAUCACGCCCUUCACUUCUUCAAUUUACCGCCUGGUUCAACAGAUCCUAACAUGCUUGUCGUUGGUGAUCUCGACGAUCCAUUCUUGCCAACACCUAACGAUUUGCUCGUCAACCUCUCCGAAGCUAGAGGUGCCAUCGAAAAUCUCCUGACAAACUUAUCAGAUAUGUUCCAAACUGCGUCUGGUCCUGAAUCUGCUAUGGGUACAGCGUUGAAGGCUGCAGUUCAACUUAUAUCACCAUUUGGUGGUAAAAUCAUGGUCAUGACAGGUCAAUUACCAAACGUAGGUCAAGGUGCAUUGAAGAAUCGUGAAGAUUUAAAGAUUCUUGGUACACCAAAAGAAUCAACACUCUUGCAAGCUGCAGGUGGUGGAUUUUACAAAAAUUUGGCAAUCGAUUGUUCAAGAUCACAAAUUUCCGUUGAUAUGUUCCUUUUCGGACAUCCAUACCAAGAUGUAGCAACAUUGCAAUGCUUACCAAAAUACACAUCUGGUCAGACUUACUUCUACCCCGGAUUCAAUGCAUCAAGAACCGAAGACGCACUUAAAUUGGCUCAUGAACUUUCAACUGUUUUAUCAUCACCUAUUGCUCUCGAAGCAGUUAUGAGAGUAAGAGCAACAAGAGGUGUAAGAAUGUCAGAAUACCACGGUAACUUCUUCGUAAGAUCUACAGAUUUACUCGCAAUGCCAACUGUUCCAAUUGAUCAAUCAUACUGUUGUGAAAUCACAAUCGAAGAGAACUUGAAUGUACCAUUCGUAGUAUUCCAAACUGCAGUUUUACACACUACUUGCUAUGGUGAGAGAAGGAUAAGAGUUAUUACAUUGUCACUUCCAACAUCUUCAAACCCAUCUGAAAUCUAUGCAAGUGCAGAUGAACAAGCUAUUGCUACACUUCUCGCCAACAAGGCGGUUGAGAGAUCACAAUCUGCUAAGUUGGAAGACGCUCGUGAUGCAGUAGUGAACAAACUUGUUGACAUUUUGGGACAAUACAAGUCAAUCAUGACAUCAGGUGGUGGUGCAUCUGCACAAUUAAUGAUUCCUGAGAACCUUAAGAAUUUACCAUUACUUAUGUUAGGAUUACUCAAGAAUGUUGGUAUACGCCAAUCAUCACAUAUACCAUCAGAUUUGCGCGCUUACGCACAAUGUCUGUUGACAACAUUGCCUACUCAAUCGUUGAUACCAUACCUCUAUCCAACUUUAUACUCAUUGCACAAUAUGCCAAUGGAGGCGGGUACAAUAAACGAACAGGGAUUAGUCAUGCCACCAAAGUUAAACUUGACUAUUGAGAAAUUCGAAAGACAUGGUCUCUACUUGAUAGAAGAUGGCCAACACAUCUUCCUCUGGAUUGGUAGAGAUGCAGUUCCCCAACUUGUUUUGGAUGUCUUCAACCUUCCUUCAUUGCAAGAUUUGAGACCGGGUAAGAUGACACUUCCAGUACUUGAAAACCCAAUGUCUGAACGGUUGAACGCAAUUGUUAAUAAAGUUCGCGAGUCACGUAGAGGUCCGUACAGACCACACUUAUAUCUCGUUAGAGAAGAUGGUGACCCAAGCCUUCGUUCAUGGGCACUUUCACUCCUCGUUGAAGAUCGCUUCGAAAUGGGUCUCUCAUACACUCAAUGGUUGUCUACAUUACGAGACAAAAUCAACACAGGGUCAUACAACUAAAAAGUCGCUAAUCUGAUAACUUUUAUUUUAAAAAUGAAAAAAUGAAUUCUCUCUUAUAUUUUAAACUAUAUUUAAUCAACUUGUUUUGAUUCUGCGUUGGUUGAAUCUUCAAAGUUUUCAACGAGAUCUGGGACAUCAUCAUCACCGUUGUCUUGUUCCUUAGCCUUGUUGAGAGCAGCUUGUUGUUGUUGUUGUGUCAUUUGUUGGUACUGUUCAGCGAGUCUUCUCAAAUUUGCUAAUGAGUCUGCGCCGAGUUGUGGUAAGAUACCUGGAACGAGUUCAGUGAGUUCCUUCUCUUGUGCUCUACCGUAGAUAGCGGUAGUGUUAGCUGGUGCAGCAGAGUGAACGAUUGGCUUUGGGAAGUGAAUGACAUUGCCGUCUUCCUUGAACAUGUUUACUUCAUCGAUACCUUGAACGUGUUGUACGUUGAUCUUCUUCAAUGCAGCUUGAAUCUUUUGGUCGUCGGCUUCUGAUCUUGGCUUACGAACUUGCUUACGACGUGGUGCGUUCUCACCAGCACGUGAAGCAUUUUGCAUACGUUGUAACUUUUGCAAAUCCAUUUUUACUUUUAACUUGUCCUU